AUAGGCGUGUCACCCACAAGAGGCACAAACUGUGAAAUAACCGCGCAGACUUGUCAACCCCCCCUUGAGACGAUAACAGUAACGCCGAAAGACUCUAAAGUGAGUCUAAAAUGCUCGAUUAAGACUGGUGGAAAUGUGCAAGACAUGACCUGGCAGAGCCUUGAAAGAAACCUCUCGGCCAGUAAAGGUCUAUACUUACUACAAAACUAUUCGACGAAUGAAAAUCAGUCACGUGGAUGUUUCUCUAUAAAAUACGCAAGUGAGUAUUUUCUCCUUUUUCCUCUUUUGUAUUUCGUGGUUAUAUAAAAACAUCAUGAUGGAUAAUUUUUGGUCUUCUUUCACAUGUAUUAUGAAUGAUCCCUGAAGACCUCGUAGGUGGCUGACGGAGAUUUAAUUGCAUGGUCACGCCAGCCCUUACGGUUAGAGUAAUAUCAUAAAUUAAAGCGGUUGAAGUUUCGUCCGGCUGAAUCACCUUCAACGUUAACAAACGCACUUUACUGAGUCCCUAAUUUAAAAUCAACAUAUGGACUGCAGUAAAGCAUUAAUGAGUUUGUUUUAGGAAAGUGUCACUUAAAAGAAAGACAUCACUGUAUCUUAAAAAUAACUGAGUGGAUGACUUAUCAGCAUGGAAAGUAAGGCGAAAAAUUGCUUUUCAGUUCCAGUUCAGAGAGUAUUUAAGACAAGUUCUCCAGUGGAUUACUAUCCUGAUACGACGCAAAUGGAACUUAAGUGUACCUUUAAGGGAUGGCCUCGUCCUCGUGUUGCUUGGUACAAUCCAGAUAGUAAACUAAUCAUCAACGGAUCUGAAAGCUUUUAUCUCUACGAGCAGCUGGUUGGAGAGGACACCAUAUCUUCUGUUCUUCGAAAUCCUAAUAUCCAAGAAAAACACGAAGGGGAUUAUAAGUGCAUAGGAAUGAACAACAUUACUGGAUGGUCGACUAACAAAAGUCUGUCAAUUUAUCUGAAUUAUUAUUGUAAGUGA